AUGAUGACAUCUCGAGCGAAAAACGAUGAAAUCGACCUGUUGCGGGCCAAGACAGACUACCUCAACCCGUCGAUUUCGGCUGAUUGGGCGAAGAAAAAACUGAUGUGGGUGCCGAGCGAGAAAGAUGGAUUCGCGCUGGGAGCCGUCAUCGGAAACCCACACCCAGACGGUACCAUUGACAUCGAGUUGAUGGAGACUGGCGAACGGCAACGUGUUUCUUCUGAUGACUGUCAGAAGCCGAACCCUCCAAAGUACGAGAAGUGUGAGGAUAUGUCAAUGUUGACCUGUCUCAAUGAAGCAUCGGUUUUGCACAAUCUAAAACAACGAUACUUCUCCAAUCUUUACUAUGUGCGUUUCAUCUCAAUUUUCUUUUACUAUCUCAUUCUGAGCCCGUAUAUGAGGGAAAAACUAAAUUUGCAAAGUGUUUUUCAGACAUACUCUGGACUUUUCUGUGUCGUCAUCAACCCAUACAAACGCAUUCCAAUUUACACCGACUCAAUCGCCGAGCAGUUCAAGGGGAAGAAGAGAAAAGAAAUGCCACCUCACGUAUUCGCCGUCACCGAAGAAGCCUAUCGCAGUAUGCUUCAAGAACGAGAUGAUCAAUCUAUUCUGUGCACAGGAGAAUCAGGAGCUGGAAAAACGGAAAACACCAAAAAGGUCAUUCAGUACUUGGCAUAUGUAGCCAAUCGGAAUAUGUUGAAAAACCGAAAGACUUCAACUGAUUUGGAUAUCUCAACGAACAGAGUGAUGGGACAACUCGAAGAACAGCUUCUCCAAGCAAAUCCAAUUCUCGAAGCUUUCGGAAACAGCAAAACGGUCAAAAACGACAACUCCAGUCGUUUCGGAAAGUUUAUUCGUGUUCAUUUCGACGGUACAGGAUGCAUUUCUGGUGCCAACAUUGAGUUCUAUCUUCUCGAGAAAUCCCGUGUGUUGAGACAGGCGCCAAACGAGAGAUCCUUCCAUAUUUUCUAUCAAUUACUGAAAGGCCUCCCGAAGUCACAAAGAGAUCAAUUUCUCCUGGAAGAUAGCUUAUCCAAGUACAAGUAUUUGACGCACGGAGACAGUAAGCUGGCUGGUGUCGAUGACGGAGCAGAGAUGAAGGAAACACUGAAUGCUAUGUCAAUUAUGGGACUGAAUGAUGAGGAAAUAACUGGAAUUCUUCGUGUUGUUUCGGCUGUUAUGUUGUUCGGAAAUCUUGAAUUCUCCCAAGAGAAUAAAAACAACGACCAAGCAACUCUACUCAACGAUGCUGUUGCUCAGAAGAUUGCUGCUCUCCUCGGAGUGAAUGUCACUGAAUUGAUGCGUGCAUUCUUGAAGCCAAAAAUCAAGGUUCAACGAGAUAUGGUUCAUCGUUCACAAAGUGUUGAUCAAGUCAAUUUCGCUGUUGGGGCUAUCGCCAAGGCUUCCUACGAAAGACUGUUCAGAUGGCUUGUUCAUCGUCUCAACAAAUCAUUGGGUUGGACUCGCCAACAAUUGUCAAGGUCAUCGGUUUACUCGAUAUGGGGUUUCGAAAUUUUGAAACCCACUCAUUCGAACAAUGGUGCAUCAAUUCCACGAACGAGAACCUUCAACAGUUAUUCAACAAUACAAUGGUCAUUCGUGACCAGCAGGGAAUAUCUUGAUGAAGGCCUUGAAUGGAAAUUCGUGGAUUUCGGUCUAAAUCUACAGCCCACGAUUGAUUUGAUUGACAAGCCGAUGGGACUCAUGUCAACACUUGAUGAUGUUUGUCUUUUCCCACAAGGAAAUGAUCAAUCCUUUGUUCAACGUCUCAACGACACCCAUUCGCAACAUCCAAAGUAUGUCGUCCCUGAAAUCCGUUCAAGAAGUGACUUUGCGGUUGUUCACUACGCAGGAAGAGUUGAUUAUCAGGCUAGUGGCUGGCGUGUGAAGAACAUGGAUCCUCUCAACGAAAACGUUAUUGAUGUACUAAAAGCGGCUAAAGAGAGUAUCAUUCUCGAUAUGUGGAAGGAUAUUGCAGACGUCUGCAGUCUCUCCGCUGCUGAUAGUGGUUCCGAUACUGGAGUCUUUGGAUCAAGAAUGCCCAAGAAGGGAAUGUUCCGGACAGUGUCUCAACUCUAUAAGGAACAACUCACUCGCCUUAUGAGUACUCUCAAUAACACAAAUCCUCAUUUUGUUCGUUGCAUCAUCCCUAACCAUGAGAAGAAACACGGGGUUCUGAAUGCUCAUCUUGUUCUUGAUCAGCUCAGGUGCAAUGGAGUUCUUGAAGGAAUUCGUAUAUGCCGUCAAGGAUUCCCGACUCGUCUGCCAUUCCAUGAAUUCCGUCAACGCUACGAAAAGCUUCUGGCGAACGAUGUCAUUCCAGCAGGAUUCAUGGAUGGAAAAGAAGCCGUUCGUCGAAUCAUCCAGUUUCUUGAAGUUGACGAUAACCUUUUCCGUAUUGGUCAAUCUAAGAUUUUCUUCCGAGCUGGAGUUGUCGCAGAGUUCGAGGAAAUGCGCGAUCAAAAGCUUUCUGCUCUAAUUGAGUCAUUCCAAGCUCAGUGCCGCGGAUGGCUUGGUCGACGCAUCAUGGUUCGUAGACGUGAACAGGAGGUAGCCAUCAAGAUUCUCCAGCGGAACGGACUAGCGUGGAUGAGAUUGAGAGAGUGGCAAUGGUGGAGACUUUUGACUAAGGUUAAACCGCUCCUUGAAGUUACAAACAAGGACGAGUUAAUCGCGGAGAAGGAACAAGAACUUCGAGUGACGUCUGAACGCCUGCGCCGAUCAGAAGUGUUCAUCGCUGAUUGCAAGCAACAGAUGGAGAAGAUUGAUGAGGAGCGUAUUCUUCUGAAGACGAGACUAGAUGCAGAAUCUUCUGAACGAGCAGAAAUGUUUGAGGAGCGAUCUAGAAUUGCUGCUCGCAAAAUCGAGUUGGAAGGCUUGCUGGAUGAUGUUUCAAAACGAUUGGAAGCUGAAGAGCAGAAGGCGAAGAAGGCAGAAGUGGAGACACGUAGAUUGACUGAGAUGGUUAAGCAUCUCGAGGAAAAUCUGGAAGAUGAGGAGAGGAGCCGACAAAAGCUGCUGCUUGAGAAGAACUCAAUUGAAUCAAGACUGAAAGAGCUUGAAGCACAGGGAGUUGAACUGGAAGAUUCUGGAAACAAGUUGACCAAAGAAAAGAAGCUUCUGGAAGAACGAUGCGAAGAUCUUUCUUCUCGGCUCAUUGAUGAGACUGAGCUAUUUAUUUCUAUUUUCAGGGAAAAGCAUCUCCGUCAACAAGCUGAAAACGCUCGUCGUGCAGCUGACGUUCUUCUUCGUGAAGAACAAGAGGCUUGUCUCGAGAAAACUCGAAAGGCUGAAGAGCUGACUGCCCAACUGAUGCGCAAAGAAACAGAGUUGUCUCAAAUCAGCAUGAAGAACGACGAAGAAUUGGCCAUACGUCAACAAUUGGAGCGCGAGAUUCGAGAAAUCCGUGCUCAAUGCGAUGAUGCUGUGGAGGAAUUAAACAAGGAGAAGGCUGCUCGUCAAAAAGCUGAAAAAGCUCGCAGAGAUAUGGCUGAAGAGUUGGAAUCUUACAAGGCAGAACUUGAAGAAUCUAAUGAUAAGACUAACCUCCAAUCUCAACUCAAAGCCAAACGAGAUGAAGAGUACGCACACUUGCAGAGACAACUGGAAGAUACUCUGAAGACUUCAGAUGAAGCAGUUGAAGAGAUCAAGGCGCAAAGUCAGAAGAAGAUUGAAGAACUCAAUGAGACGAUUGAUCAGUUGAAACGUCAGAAAAUUUCGGUAUUUGCUUUUUGUCUUAUUACCUAUUUACUCACCGCUGAUAAGGCGAAGUCAUCGGCUGAGUCUGAGAACGAGAACAUCCGGGCCGAGUUAUCGAACGUGGCAUCAGCUCGUCAAGACGCUGAAAAGAAGCGGAAGACGGCUGAGGCAACUUUGAUGGAGAAGGAUCACAAGAUGCGUGAGAUGCAGUCGAACCUCGAAGAUCUUAUGGCCAAGUUGUCCAAGAUGAACAACGAAUUAGAGAACAUUCAAAAAGCGAAGAGUGCAGAGGAAACUCUGAAUUCAAAUCUUCUCAAGAAAAACGCUUCUCUCGACAUGCAACUCUCCGAACUCACGGAAGCGUCAGAGGAAGAUCGACGAACUAAAGUCAACUUGAACAAUAAGAUCCGUCAGCUUGAAGAAGAUUUGGCUAUCGCCAUUGAAGCAAAAGAAGACGCACUUGCUGCCCAAGAGAAGAUUGAUAAGGAAGCUAGAGAUCUGAAACUGCAACUUGCUGAAGCUAAAAAGAAGCUGGACGAAGAAAACAGAGAAGUGAUGGAAGAGAUGCGUAAAAAAAAAGAAAAGGAGUUGUUGGCUGAAAAAGAACGAGCCGAUAGUGCCGAACAAGCAAGAGACAAGGCCGAACGAGCGAAGAAGAAGGCUCUCCAAGAAGCUGAGGACGUGCAGAAGGAGUACAGCGAUAUGAUGGCAGCAACUAGAGAGAUGGAGAGAAAGCAGCGGAAGCAUGAGCAGCAACUUACCGAUGAGAAGAACAACACUUUGUUGGCUGUGCAGGAGAGAGAUAUGGCUCAGCAAAUGAUACGUGAUGCGGAGACCAAGGCACUUGUGUUGUCUAAUGAAUUGUCUGAGAAAAAGGAUUUAAUUGAACUGUUGGAGAAGGACAAGAGAAUGCUGAAGUUGGAGAUUGAUAAUUUGGUAAGAUCACAAUAUUUCAUAAAACUUUUUCAGGCCUCAAACAAAGAUGAUGCUGGAAAGAACGUUUACGAACUCGAAAAGACUAAACGACGUCUUGACGAGGAGUUAAACCGUGCUGAACAGCAAAUUAUCGAGUUGGAGGAUGCACUUCAGAUUGCCGAAGAUGCUAGAAGUAGAGUCGAAGUUAACAUGCAAGCUCUAAAAGCUGAGUUUGAAAGACAGUUGGCUGCCAGAGAGGAAGACGAAGAAGACCGCAAGAAAGGACUUGCCGCCAAAAUCAGAAACCUCACCGAAGAACUUGAAUCGGAACAAAGAUCUCGUCAAAACGCUGUUGCUAACAAGAAGAAGUUCGAGUUGCAAGUCAGCGAGUUGACGGAGAAAAAUGAAGCAGCAUUCCGUCAAAUCGAGGACCUUACUCGCCAACUCCGCAAAGCUCAGCUGAGCUGCAAGGAUUUCCAGCUUGACGCAUCAGAAGCUCGUGCUGCACUUGAUGACGCCGUUUCAGCUCAACGAGAUGCCGAGAAGCGUGCUCGUGCUUCUGAAGACGAGAUAAAGAGACUCAUGGCUGAUGUUCAGGCAGUCACUUCUUCAAAGCGCAAGGCUGAAGCUGAACGUGAUGAAUUGAUUGAAGAGGUUGCAACCCUGCGUGCUUCAUCGUUCAGUAAUGAGGAAAAGAGGCGCUUGGAAGCCAAGGUCGUCGACCUGGAAGAUCAACUUGACGAGGAGGUUUCAGCUAACGAACUUGCUCAGGAGAAAGUUCGUAAAGCUCAGCAACAGUUGGAACAAAUGACAGCCGAUCUUGCGAUGGAGAGAAGCGUUUGUGAGAGAAACGAAUCCGACAGAAUCGGUUUGGAAAGAGCUAAUCGUGAUUUGAAGCAACAGUUGCUAGAUGCCGAAAACACCGCUGUCGCUCGUCUCCGUACUCAAAUCAAUGUCGCUGAAGCAAAGGUCGCCAACCUGGAGCAACAACUUGCCGUUGAAGAGCAAGACAAAAUGAGACAAGGUAGAACUUUGAGACGAAUGGAAACCAAGAUGGCUGAGAUGCAACAAAUGCUCGAAGAGGAGAGAAGACAGAGUGAGACUAACCGUCAAGCAGCAGAGCGGCAGAACACAAGAAUACGUCAACUUCGUACUCAACUGGAAGAUGCUGAAGCAGAGCGAGACCGUCUUGUCAAAAAGGUAAAUGAGGAGCGUAGAAGAGCAGAUGAUGUCACUGAUCUCAAUGAAACACUCACAAAAGAUGUUACUCUGAUGAGACAGCGAGAGACAGCUGCUCGCAGAACACCUGGACUAAUGAGCCAUCGUGAAUCCAGAAGAUUCGGAAGCAAUUCUAGUCUUGCUAGAGGUGAGAAUUUCGAAUUCUGUAUGAGUAGUUCAUUAAAAUUAAAUUCAGAUGAAUUUCGCGGUUCUGCUCUGACCAAUGAGAUGUCUCCAUCAGAUCGCCCAGCUUCAAGAUUAACCUCUGGAACUGGUUCCCAAGUUGGUAACCUCGACGAGGAUCGCGAUUCUGUUCGCAACUAA